AUGAGUCCAGUCCUCCAGCGAGGCGUCCGGACUUUGUCGGGGACUCGACUUGUCUCUCGUGUGCCCCGGCAUGCGAGAUGCGUCCAGAUUCGCGCGACGCCCUCGGAAGAGCCCACGCUCAAUGGGGAUCACCUGCCCCUCGCCAAUACACCCAGCUCCGCUGAGUCUCGAGAAUUUAGACGCGCGAUUCGACGUCGUCGGCGCGCCCUAUUCGCUUCUCUCGGUGUCUCUCUCGCCUUCGCAGAACCUCUCUACACGCGCCGCGGAACCCUAGUCGGAUUGAGCGGCAAGGCAGACAAUGUUAUUUCGUCGUUGAGCGUUCUAGAACCCUUCCGCAGGGCUAUUGUCGGGACCCCGUUCCUCUACCAAAAGGUCUCAUCAGCUAGUCCAGUUACAGCCCUCGUCUCCGUUCGGUCUCCCAACACCUCUUUCGCAGUCGUGAACCUAAAUGGUUCUGUGGAUUGGAUGGUCGCUCAGCGGCGUGCCUUGUUGGCUUGGACGGGCCGGUCUCUGUCCAUUAAGCCUACUAUCAACACUAACCUGAGCUUGUCUCACUGGGGCAGCUCCGAAGUCACUGGGCGAGGAUUGAUGGCUCUUGUUGGAAACGGGCAGGUGUACUCCGUGGACUUGAAGGAUGGAGAGCAGUACAUUGCUCACCCCAGCAAUGUCGUCGCCUAUACCAUGUCCUCCAACCCUCCUCGUCCAUACCGCUUCAAAUCCACUACCCUCAACUUCCAAGUUCCCGGCCUGAAGACUCUUCCCAGACUCUUGCAGGGCAACAAGUUCAUCCGCGACAUGUCUGACUCCAACACAUGGAAAACCACCAUGAGCUUGCUUCACAAACUGCGAACAUGGUCUCGAAUGACAAUUUGGGGAGAUAGACUCUUCCUGCAAUUCGAUGGUCCUGCGACCAUUCUGGUGCAAUCGCGUGGCCCCCGUGUGAACGACGUCCUGUCCGGUCGGGAGGUUAACGAAAUCGCCGGCACACCUCGGGGCCUGACCUCUUCACCACGGCAGAUAGAAGAGCAAAAGCUGAAAGAGGAAGGAGAGGUUGUGAAUGGCGUUCCAGAUAUCGCACGUUCGAUCGACAACCUGCGCCAGGAGACCGUGGGAAUUAGCCAAAGUAUCGCCAAGAUUCGCAAAGACGGCAAGGUCGAGAUUGAAGAGGUGGGCCGCACCAAGGACGUCUAG